GCCGCGGAACGCGCAGUGCCACCGCGGAGCUGUGCCGUUGCUAUGGGGCACGCAGCCCUGCGGGGGGCGCCGGAAGCCUGGGCCCGGUCCCCUCACGUGACUCUUCACGUGACACCCCCUUGUCCCCAUUCGGACGCUCUCAAGAUGGCGGCGGCAGUCCGGGGCCGGCGCUUUAAGUGGUCGUUGGAGCUGGCAGCGGCGCCAGGGGGGCGGCCCCGCGGAGCCGCCGAGGGCCGCGGGCCGCUGGGUUUCGCCGAGCGGCAGCUAGGGGAGGGAGGCGUCCACGAGAGCGACAAAAUCCUCAUGGAGAAGCGCUGCUGGGAUGUGGCACUGGCACCGCUAAAGCAGAUCCCCAUGAACCUGUUCAUCAUGUAUAUGGCCGGCAACACCAUCUCCAUCUUCCCUGCCAUGAUGGUUUGUAUGAUGGGCUGGCGCCCACUGCAGGCCCUCAUGUCCCUGUCUGCCACACUAAAGGCACUGGAGAGCUCAAGCCGGCGGGCACUGCAGGGUCUGGUGUUCCUGGUGGGCAAUGGGCUAGGGCUGGCACUGGCCCUCUACAAGUGCCAAGCCAUGGGGCUGCUGCCCACCCGCCCCUCCGACUGGCUGGCCUUCGUUGCCCCCCCACAGCGGAUGGAGUUCACUGGUGGGGGCCUCAUCCUGUGACCCAAUGCACCCACCCACCAAUAAAGGUGAUGGCAGGCUGGUAA